UCUGUGGGGUAGCCAGACUGUUCUCCAAAGGGCUGCGUAGACACAGCUGGCAAUGCAAGACUACUGUUUUAGAAACUUGAAAAGUUAUCCGUAGGACAAUAAUAGGACAAAGGAAAGGAAACAAGUUUAGAAAAUGACAAAAGACAGAUUUGAUAGAGAGACAAUGAGAAAGGCAGGGUUACAGAGAGAGCAAUGAUGAUGGUGGGAUGUGCAGAGCGAGGGAGGAGGGACAUCAGAGUCCAACAGGGACUGAGAGAGAGGAGGGGAUGAAGAGAAUGUGAGAGAAAUAAUUCAGUUACAUGACUCAGGUUUGUUCAGAAAGCUGCCAGAGCUGCAGCUAUCUGCAGAUCUCUGCAGAUGGAGGUUGAGGACGGAGCCGAGCUCUGCUUUCCACAGUUCCCAAACACCUCCUGCAGGAAGCCCUUGUUUCCUUGGCCCCAAACAGUUACCAAUAUGCUGUACUCCAUCUCUCCGAUCACUGCAACUCUCAACCUGCUCAUCAUCAUCUCAAUCUCCCACUUCAGACAGCUCCACACACCCACCAACAUCCUCCUCCUCUCUCUGGCUGUCUCAGACCUUCUAGUGGGCCUUGUGCUGAUGCCUGUAGAAAUUCUCAGCAGAACAUCCUGCUGGUUUUUUGGUGACUUUGUGUGUGCUAUGUAUACUCUUCUUUGCCUCAUCAUUUCCUCAUCCUCAAUAGGUGACAUAGUUCUCAUAUCAGUUGACCGUUAUGUGGCUAUUUGUGACCCUCUGCACUACAACACUAAAGUCACUGUGAGAAGAGUUAAAUUCUGUGUUUGUAUGUGUUGGCUCUGUUCUUUUACCUACAGCCUUCUCUAUGUAAAGGAUCUUCCGACUCAACCAGGGAGUUAUAAAUUCUGCUACGGAGCAUGUUUUAUAGCCCCUGAUAAAAGCUCACUGCUUUUUGAUCUUUUUGUUAACUUGAUUGUUCCAGUUACUGUCAUCGUAGCUCUGUAUCUGAGAAUAUUUGCCGUGGCUGUGUCUCAGGCUCGUGCCAUGCGCUCUCACAUUACAGCUGUCACACUCCAGCAUUCAGUGACUCCAAAGGCAAAGAAAUCAGAGCUGAAAGCAGCCAGGAAGCUUGGUGUUCUUGUAGUUGUUUUUCUAAUAUGUAUAUGCCCGUUAUACAUCAUAACAUGGGUAGAUCACAACUGGAUUGUAGCUUUAAUUGAACCCUUUUCAGUCAUUCUGCAUUUGUCUAACUCUUGUCUAAACCCUGUGAUCUAUGCCUUCUUGUACCCCUGGUUUAGAAAAUCAGUUAAACUCAUUGUAACUCUUCAGAUACUGCAGCCUGGCUCCUCUGAGACCAACAUGCUGUAGAGAGGCGGUGGAGGGACUGAGAUCAGUCUCGGUCUAAGGAGAAAUUAAUGAAUAUGUUCCUGCUGUUCAGUGAGUGAAUUAUCAAAUACAGAAAAUGAAGAUAUGAUUACCCAUCAAGUAAAAGACCUGUGUUUCAGCUAUUGCUUGUUGUUCACUUUUCCUUUCUGCAAAGGGUCCUGAGCACCAUAUACUGUCUUUAGGUAAUCACCGGUUUAAUGCAAGUUUUAAAUUCACUGACACUUAUGAAGGGUGUUUUCUUCCCAGGGAACCGUUUCUCCUUUUGAUGGAAACAUUUCACAUCUACAGCUUUGAACUCAUGUCUCUAUGUUUGGUCAAAGCAUCAUCUCUGUGAUUUGUGUCCAUGUUGUUGCUAACACAAAGUACAGGCCUGCUGGGCUCCUGUUUCACAGAGAAAAAAGAUGCCCCUGAACAGCCACACUUUCCCUUCAAGUAGAGAAAACCAUCAGCUGUUGUUUAUCAGAUACAACUGUCCGCACAAAAGAUCAUGUUCUCUUUCAGCUCAGGGAGAAAUGUUGUUUUUUCACUUUAGUGCCAUUCAUGUUUGAUCCCUGUAUCACAUUUGUUACUAUGACACAAAUAUUUAAAGCACUAUUAAUUUAAAUGUCAGGUACAUUUAACUUAUU